AUAUUUCCAGUUCAAAGGUUACCAAUACAAGGAAGUAAAGAAAAGUUCUCAGUUAAUCUGCUUACAAAAUAUUUGGUUUAGCAGGUCAAAAGCCAAGUUGGUCGCCAUACAUAUAACAGAACCUUAAAACAAGAUUAUGACGCGUUUUGUUUAGAGGCUGUGUUGUCUCAGACUCAUGGUCACUCAUGCUCUGCCGGGUGCUUUCAUUGACAGUACUGAUGUGCUGUACACCUUAGAUUAAGCUACUUUAUGAUUCUGUUUCUAUCUGAAGUUUGCAAAAAGUGCCCCAGGUCUGACAGCAGACAAAAUGAAGAUGAUGACAUUCUUCAUUGUGGGACUCAUUGUCCAUGUAGUCUUCUUUCUCUCAAUAUUUGACAUCUAUUUCACGUCCCCUCUUGUCCAUGGAAUGACACCACAACGUGUCCAUCUGGCCCCUCCGGCCAAGCGCUUGGUGCUCUUUGUGGCAGAUGGUCUAAGAGCCGACAGUCUCUUUAAGCCAGACGACAAUGGGACAGUCAGGGCUCCUUACCUAAGGAGUGUGAUUGAAGAGGGCGGCACAUGGGGAGUGUCACACACGCGAGUCCCUACAGAAUCACGGCCAGGUCAUGUGGCUCUACUAGCGGGCUUUUAUGAGGACGUUAGUGCUGUUGCCAAGGGCUGGAAGGAGAAUCCGGUGGAGUUUGAUUCUGUUUUUAAUGAGAGCAGACAUACCUGGUGUUGGGGCAGCCCUGACAUAUUACCAAUGUUUGCUAAAGGAGCCACUGGAGACCAUGUGUACACUCACACGUACCCACCAGAGCGGGAGGAUUUUGCCUCCACUGAUGCUUCCAGACUUGAUACAUGGGUAUUUGAUGAAGUGAAGGAUUUUCUCAGUGUAGCCAAAAGCAAUGAAACUCUGCUGAAUAAGUUACAUGAAGAACAGAAUGUGUUUUUCCUUCAUCUGUUGGGGAUAGACACCAAUGGCCAUGCCCACAGGCCCAUGUCAAAGGAAUAUCUAGAGAACAUUGGCCUGGUUGAUGCUGGUGUCGCUGAAAUUGUCACUGUGAUGGACGACUUUUAUGGGCACGAUGGAAAAACAGCUUAUGUUUUUACGUCUGACCAUGGCAUGACAAAUUGGGGAUCUCACGGUGCGGGACAUCCAUCAGAGACGCUGACUCCACUGGUGGCAUGGGGCGCUGGGGUUCAAACGGCACAACGGGAGGGCUCUCAAAAAUAUGAUGAUAAUUAUUUAAAAGAAUGGGGGUUAGAAACAUACAAGAGAGUGGAUGUCAAUCAAGCUGAUAUUGCUCCACUAAUGUCAUCUCUUAUAGGAGUUCCCUUUCCUCUAAACUCUGUGGGUGUCUUACCGCUGAAUUACCUGAAUAACAGCCAGCACUUUAAGGCCGAGAGCAUGUAUUCAAAUGCUGUUCAGAUCUUGGAGCAGUUCAGGGUGAAAAUGGCACAGAAGAAAGAAACAACAGUAUCCUUUCUGUUUACACCCUACCAGCCUCUGACUGACUCUAAACAGAUGGAUUUUGUGCGUCAGGCAAGAGAUUUGAUCAAGAAAGGACAGUUUAAUGAAGCAAUCCAUUAUUGUGAAGAUCUGAUAGCCCAGGCCAUGGAAGGCUUGUCUUAUUAUCACACGUAUGAUCGGUUCUUCCUGGGCAGCAGUGUUGUUCUGGGUUUUAUUGGUUGGACCUCUUAUGUGGUUUUGUUCAUCCUGAAGACCCAUGCUAGCCUACGCAAACCUCCAUCUAACAUGCAUAUGGUAACAGAAAGGAAUCUAGGCCAGGCGUUUCUAUGUAUAGGUCUGCUUGUGGCUCUGUUCUUGUUGGUCCAGUCGAGUCCUUGGACCUACUACAUCUACUGCUUGCUCCCUGUGCCCGUGUGGCACUCCGUCAUGAGGGAAUUUGAAACUCUUGCUGGUCUGAUUCGUUCGAUCCCCUCAUUACCACUCAGCAAAUGCUUUGGAUAUUUUUUGCUGGUUACAUUCGGAAUUGAGUUACUAGUCAUGAGUUUUUUCUAUCGGGCCAUGUUGACCUUGGGGCUGGUGGUGCUGGCGCUGUGGCCUAUGGUUUCUGGCCUCUAUACAAAAGCAAAGUUCAGGUCACUGAGCUGGAUGUUUAGCUGUCUCUUUCUGGCUGUGUUUCCACUGUUGCCUGUGGUGGGACGGGAACCCAACGUUAACUAUGUAAUUUGUGCUGCAGUGCUGACCCUCUUCAACUUGUCCUCAUACCUUUGGUCAUCAUGGAGAGGCUCUCCUGUGAUGCGAAGGGAUCGUCAGCUGUUCAUCUGCCAGAUGGUGCAGGUGGUGCUUUGUGCUUAUACCCUGACCAGCACCCACUCCAGUCUGCAGCUGAAGCAAGGCCUGCCGCUCUUCAACCAGCUCGUUAGCUGGUUCACUCUAGUUUCCUCAUUUUUGAUACCAUUGUUGAGUUCAACCAAGCUCUUUCAGAGACUGCUGAGUAUCCUGGUGUCCUUGGUGUGUGUCUACCUUCUUCUGAGCACAGGGUAUGAGGCUCUUUUUCCUCCGGUGCUGUCAUGGCUCAUGUUUGCAUGGAUCAACAUUGAGCAGGAAGCCAUGACCACUCAAGAAAGUACAUAUCGAACUGAGCUCUUCAGCAUUGAUUUUGCUGAAAAUAUUGACAUUACCAAAAUCAGGCAACUGAGACUGGAUGACAUUCGGAGAUCUUACUUUUUUGUGUUUUUCAUAAUAACUGCAUUCUUUGGCUGCGGUAACAUUGCCUCUAUCAACAGUUUUGACCCAGCCUCAGUGUACUGCUUUCUGACCGUCUUCAACCCUUUCAUCAUGGGCGGCCUGUUAAUGUGGAAGGUUUUAAUUCCAUUUGUAAUUGUGAUGUGCACAUUCGAAAGUAUUCAAGUGUCAACGCAGCUCUCAUCACGAAGCCUUUUCCUCGUUGUGCUUGUUAUCUCAGACUUGAUGGCACUGCAUUUUUUUUUCUUAGUAAAAGAUUAUGGAAGCUGGCUUGACAUAGGAACUAGUAUUAGUCACUAUGUCAUUGUAAUGUCCAUGACCAUCUUCCUCAUGUUGCUGAGUGUCAUGACGCACAUUUUAACCUCCAAAAGAAUCAUCAUUGGAUGGAAACGAAAGAUGCACUUUAGGUGACGACCUCAUACCUGGACCUCCAUCCUAAUGUUUACAAGGUGCAAAAAAUGAACAUUCAACUGCACAAUAACAUGACUGAUGUUCAGCAUGGGGUCUUCCUGUUUCUGGGAAUUUCUUAACAUCAAUAUUACUUAAGACAUAUGACUCUGCAUCUCAAACUGUAAGAGGAAGCCUCUGUUUGGUAAAACUAAUAAGUUAGCUGUUUUUAAAUACAUAUAUAUUGAAUUUAUAGGUAUUUUAAUUCUGGGACUUCAGGGGGGACAAACACCACAAGACAGGCACAGGUUAAAGGGAAAGUACUUGAUUUUGUCUCUGUAUAUGUACUGUAUGAUUUAUGCCAAAGGUGAGGAAUGUUACUGUACUGAUAUGUCAGCUGAUUUUGACUGGAAUCUAAUUAUCAGAUAGUAUUAUGCUACAUGUGUAGUUUUAUAAUACUGUAUUUUUAAUAUUUUUGUGUAAAUUUGUAAAAUUAUUUAUUUACAAUAAACCUUUACAUUAAG